UCGUUCUUUUAAACCCUGUUUACCCCCAGAAAGCUGGAAGUGUGGACAGACAGGGAGAGAAGAGAGAGAGAAAAAUUCAGACACAAUAAAACUCCGAUGGGGGGAAGAAAUAUGUAGGAGGAGGAGGAAGGAGGCAGCAGCCUUGGGGGGAGAGAGGAUUGAAAAGUUUCGCCUGGGUUAACUUCUCCUCUUCUUCUCCUUCCUCUCCUUUUGCAGCCACAGAAAGAGCAGCAGCCCAGAGCACAAGUAUCCCAGCAUCUCUGACGUCUGCAUAAAUCAUUGGCCUUCGUCAUCAUAAGCCCCUGACAAUUUUUGAAUUGAACAAGUAAAGGGGUCAUGGCACGCUUAACGAAAAGGCGUCAGGCAGAUACAAAAGCUAUCCAGCAUCUUUGGGCGGCUAUAGAAAUCAUCCGAAACCAGAAGCAAAUUGCUAACAUUGACCGUAUUACGAAGUAUAUGUCUCGUGUUCAUGGUAUGCACCCCAAAGAGACCACACGCCAGCUUAGUUUAGCAGUGAAGGACGGCCUAGUUGUUGAGACCUUGACAGUGGGAUGUAAGGGAUCUAAAGCUGGUAUUGAGCAAGAAGGAUACUGGCUGCCUGGAGAUGAGAUUGCCUACAGUAUGCAGCCUUUCUCCCGGACAACAGCAAAAAUCAAGGACUGGGAGACAGAAACUCAUGACUGGUAUUGUUUUGAAUGCCAUUUGCCCGGAGAGGUGUUGAUAUGUGACCUGUGUUUUCGUGUAUAUCAUUCCAAGUGUUUAUCUGAUGAGUUCAGGCUUAGAGACAGCAGUAGUCACUGGCAAUGCCCAGUUUGCAGGAGCAUUAAGAAGAAGAACACGAGCAAGCAAGAGAUGAGCACCUAUUUGCGCUUCAUCGUCUCCCGGAUGAAGGAACGAGCUAUUGAUCUAAACAAGAAAGGCAAGGACAACAAACACCCAAUGUACCGUAGGCUGGUGCACACAGCCGUUGAUGUUCCAACUAUACAAGAGAAAGUAAACGAGGGAAAGUACAGGAGCUACGAGGAGUUCAAAGCAGACGCUCAGUUGCUUCUACACAACACAGUGAUUUUUUACGGAGCGGACAGUGAGCAAGCUGACAUAGCCAGAAUGCUUUACAAAGACACCUGCCACGAGCUGGACGAACUUCAGCUUUGCAAGAACUGUUUCUAUUUAUCGAACGCGCGUCCCGACAAUUGGUUCUGCUAUCCUUGUAUACCCAAUCAUGAGCUGGUUUGGGCUAAAAUGAAAGGUUUUGGAUUCUGGCCUGCCAAAGUCAUGCAGAAAGAGGACAAUCAGGUGGACGUACGCUUUUUUGGUCACCACCACCAAAGGGCCUGGAUCCCUUCAGAAAAUAUUCAAGAGAUCACAGUGAAUAUACAUAGGCUGCAUGUAAAACGUAGCAUGGGCUGGAAAAAAGCGUGUGAUGAGCUAGAACUACACCAGCGCUUCCUUCGAGAUGGCAGGUUCUGGAAAUCAAAGAAUGAGGAUAAAGGAGAGGAGGAGGCGGAAUCCAGCAUCUCUUCCACCAGCAAUGAGCAGCUAAAGGUUACUCAGGAACCAAGGGCAAAGAAAGGAAGACGUAAUCAAAGCGUGGAACCCAAAAAGGAAUUACAGAAUUCUUGUAAUGAUCAGCUGGGACUGAAAGAUUUCAAGGAGAAGCUGGAGCCAGAGCCGGAGACGGAAGCAGUUAGUUCAAGCCAGGAAAUCCCCACAAUGCCUCAACCCAUCGAAAAAGUUUCAGUGUCAACCCAGACAAAGAAGUUAAGUGCCUCUUCUCCAAAAAUGCUGCAUCGGAGCACCCAGACCAAUAACGAUGGAGUAUGUCAAAACAUGUGCCAUGACAAAUACACCAAAAUCUUCAGCGACUUCAAAGAAAGGUUCAAGGCUGAUCAUAAGAGGGAGACGGAGAGGGUGGUGCGAGAAGCUCUUGAGAAGUUGCGUACAGAUAUGGAGGAGGAAAAAAGGCAAGCUGUGAACAAAGCUGUUGCAAAUAUGCAGACGGAGUGCGACAGGAAGACGAAGCAGGUGAAGGAGAAGUGCAAAGAGGAGUUUUUAGAAGAGGUUAAGAAGCUAGCCAGCCAGCACAAGCAACUGAUUUCCCAGACCAAGAAGAAGCAGUGGUGCUACAACUGUGAAGAGGAGGCCAUGUAUCACUGCUGCUGGAACACUUCCUAUUGCUCCAUCAAGUGUCAGCAGGAACAUUGGCACGCUGAGCACAAACGCACCUGCCGCAGGAAAAGAUGAGAGCCCCCUUCCUCUGCGAAGGAGUCGCCCCAAUGCAGUGCUAUCCUCCGACGCAGCAGGUUUUUGGGUUUCGUUUAAUUUCUAAAGUUAGUUUCCAAGGGGUCAGAAUUGUUGAUUAGAAUUCGUUCCCCCUCUUCUACUUUUUUCCUC